GAUGAUCACCGACGUGCAGCUCGCCAUUUUCGCCAACAUGCUCGGCGUGUCCUUGUUCCUCCUGGUGGUUUUGUACCAUUACGUGGCCGUUAAUAACCCCAAGAAGCAGGAGUGAUGGGCAAGCGCUCCGGACACUGGCGCGGGGAUGUACCAUCGCGCCUGAUGCGUUACCAUCGCGCCUGAUGCUGAGAGAAGACCCGACUCGUACGUUCCCUCCUCGCUGCCCCUGCUGUAGAUAUGUUUCGUGUCGUUUCUCUACCAAAAUAAAUGCUUUCUUUUUGUUUAAAA